CGUCUAUUUGAAGCAGACCGAUCAAUGAGUUUCAGUUUACUGGUCUAUUGUUAGGCAAUAAACGUCUUUAAUUUAACACAAAGGCCGCUGUCAUGUACUUUGCUGCAGUGUCAGAUCAAUGUGGGAUUAGUCCGAGUGUCUGGUGUUUUGUGUAGUGGGAAUUGAAGUAUAGGUACCGCCGUCCGAUUGUAUAAAAAUAGAGCCCUACAUGUUGAAAACUCAAAACGGACUUCAAGAACAGCCAAGGAGGUAGCUCGAAAGACAACUGGAAAAAUAUUUAUUAUUUUUUACUAAUUUUCUUUUUAAGAGAAAAUGCAACUGGCGUUUACCAUUGACAAUAUUCUGGGCACUAGAUCAAGUGUCACGGAAUAUCCGUGUAACUACGCCUACGUACCCGCUCCGCGGUAUUUGAACGGCGCUUGCGAGCAUCCCGGCUACGGCUGCUACCCCGGGUAUUACGCCGCUCCGGUACCGGCGCCGCUCGCCCCGCUGCGGGAUGAAGCCGUUUACGGGUACCCUAGCUAUAGCGGAUAUGCCACCGGCUACGGAAAAUUGACCUAUCCUCAAGUCACGGAUCUGGGCGCCUAUUGUGUUAUUCAGAGGAAUAAUAUUGUCCCAGAAGCGGGUAGGUUUUGAUUCUGGAUUGAAAUGCGCACACUUAUUAUUUAAAACACAUUGGCAUCCCAUGGCUAUCUUAUUAAGUCUCUCUCUAUCUCUUUUUUUGUUGUUUUGUUUUAUUUUUUGACAGUUCCCUCUGUACCCCCGGUGUCCAGUUCGGAACUCUGCUACUUGGCUCAGAUUAUGAGCCGUCGGAAGCGGCAUCGAGUUCGCACGGUAUUCACCGACAGCCAGACCGAAGAACUGGAGCUUCUUUUCGGCCGCAGUGACUAUCCCGUCCCCGAAGCACGGGACAGCCUGGCCAGGAGAGUCGGGCUAUCGGAGGAGACCAUUCGGGUUUGGUUCAAAAACCGCCGCGCACGCAGAAAGAGGCUAAGCUUGAAGCCCGAGUCCCGCAAGUCAGCGCACAAAAAGACACGGGAAUCCCAAGACGCGGCGUCUCCACAAUCCCAAGAGUUGACGGUUUGAUCGGAGAGCAAAGGGAUUUAUACGAACCGACGUCUUGCGUCAUCUUCGACAAACUCCAGUAGCCACACUGGCUUGCACAGCCUGUGUCGUGUACUCCAGUGACUGUACAGGGAGGCACGAAUAUGCAAGUUUAAAAAACAAAACAUUUUAUAAACUAAAUUACUAUGGUAUCAAUCAAAUAGUGUUGCACAAUGUACACAUGUACAGCCACUUAGAUUUUUAAAGCGAUGUAAAUACGUUAAUAUAUUGUAAGAUAAAAAGGAUAAUUGUAUACACUUAAAGUAAUUAGUUUUUUUUGCAUUAAAUGAUCGAUUUCUCUUUUU